GUUGAAUCGGAGGAUAAUACUCAUGAUGAAAAUCUAUAUAAAGCAGAGAGAUUUCCGUGAAUAAACAAUCUCUCAAGCUCAAUCAGCCAUUUAGACAACAAUCAUACGAAGAGUUCAAUAUCACCAACUUCACCGUCAAAAUGAGGUUCUCUACCAUCACAGCCCUUCUCUCCACUAGCGCAGGUGUCCUCGCAGCCGGUCCCAGCGCUACAGCCAAGAAGGCCACAGCCAUUGAGUCCAUCACGGGCGACAACGGCAUCACUACUCCCCUCCCCAUCCAGCCCGGCAUGGUCGACGACUGCGACGCCUUCUACUACGUCAAGCCCGGCGACAACUGCCUGAUCAUCUCCGCCCAAUUCGGCAUCUCCUUUGACCAAUUCAAGGAAUGGAACCCCACCGUCGGCAAGGACUGCCUCAGCCUCUGGGCCGAUGCCAACGUUUGCGUCCGCACCAUUGGCUUUGAGUACCCUGAGACCGCUGCUUGCUAUGUCAAUGAGGAUAUUCUUCCUUGGGGAAGUAACAAGGUUGCUGCUGCGAAGGCUGCCACCGAGUGGUGCAGCAACGGCGCUCAAGGGGUUUACAACAUUGGUGAGAAGAGGACCAAGUGUGUUGAUGCGCCCUCGGGUGAUGGCAAGUUCAUCUUUGAGAUCUACAAUGAGUGGGGAAUUCGACAAGGUCUUCCUUCCAAGGAGUGUCAGAAAAACCUCCUUCUUCCCAUCUCAAAGUGCACCGACGGAGGUCAGGGACGGGUCAAGAGCUGGCACACAGAGACUUAUCUCGAGAAGGGCAAAUGCUAAGUCUCAAACAGUCAUUCUUGAAUGACGAUGUCUUCAAAACACAUUGCUUUCUUUCGACUUCUCUCAAAAAUAGGGGGUUCGGAGCCCAUGACUAUCAUGACAAAUCAGUAGUCAUCUACCUGGUUUUGUUCGUCGGACUAACAAUUACCAUCUUCAUAGUAUAUAAUAUGAUAUCUUGUGCUAUCUAUCCAAGCUUACUGUCACUCCCUUUUCCCUCUCAGCUCGGUGCAUGAUUGAAACUU